AUGUGUCUCUGGCACGACAUCAAAAACGGGGGCAAUUACUCCUACAAUCGGUACCACCCCAUCACCUUUCUCGCAGCAAGUACCAAACUGAUUGCAUCAUCCCAGGCUGGUGUCUUCCUCCCGCAACAAUUCCGAGUCUUCCAUAAAGGAGGUCAGCUAUUUCGGGAUCUCGCCGUGCGUACCCAGCAUGGCAAACCCUCCUGCGCGAUCGUCUUUGGCUCCUCGACGGCCGGGGGCGCCUAUCACCCCGCGCUCUCCGAUUACACCAUCUUUGUCGAGAACCAAGGGCAGGCGUUUCUGGCGGGGCCGCCGCUGGUGAAAAUGGCCACUGGGGAGAUAAUCGAAGCGGAGGCGUUGGGCGGGGCGAGGGUACAUGCCACGACGACUGGGCUUGCAGAUCAGAUUGCGACAGAUGAGCUGGAAGCCAUCCGCAAAGCCCGCGAGUGGGUAGCGACCCUGCACAUCCCAUCACCCAAGGGGGUCAUCGACACCAUCGAGCCCCUACCCCCCAGAUACCCUGUCGACGACCUCCUGAGCCUGGUGAACCCCGAUAUUCGAAAGCCUUUUGACAUGCGCGAGGUCCUACUGCGGUUGACCGACGACUCGCGACUAAACCACCCCCUGCUCUUCUUACACAACGUAACUGGCUUCAUGGUCGGUGCCAAAGCCGAGCACGCCGGCAUCAUUCGCACCGGCGCGCAACUAGUGGCCGCCGUCUCCACCUCGACCGUCCCGCACAUCUCCAUCAUCCUGGGCGCCUCCUACGGGGCCGGAAACUACGCCAUGUGCGGCCGGGCCUACGGACCCCGGUUCCUGUUCACCUGGCCUAGUGGCCGGUGCAGCGUGAUGGGGCCGGAGCAGCUGGCCGGCGUGAUGGAGAGCGUGCAGCGGAGCAGUGCAGCAUCCACAGGGAAGGUGCUGGAGCCCGAGGAGUUGCGGGCGCGGGUGGAGCGGUUCCGGGCGGGCGUGCAAGCCGAUGCGGACUGUUAUGCGACGAGUGGGGCGUUGGUGGACGAUGGGGUGAUUGAUCCCCGGGAUACAAGAGAUGUGGUGGGGAUGUGUUUGGAGGUUAAGAGUCUGUCGUUCACUCGACUUGUUAGUUUUGCAGUCUAUUCCAAGAUGAUCGUCUCCCAAAGCCCAUUCGCGCAACAUGCCUCCCCCUCGCGACCCCCACUCUACGUGGCCUCGCCCCCCGUUGACCCGACCACUGGCCGCCCCAUCAUCCAACGCCUCCUAAUUGCCAACCGCGGAGAAAUUGCCGUACGCAUCAUACAGACCUGUCGAAAACUCAAUAUCAGCACCGUGGCCGUCUACGUUACAGAAGACUCCACAUCCCGUCACAUCCGUGAAGCAGACACAGCCAUCUGCCUGGGCUCCCUGAAUUCCAGUACCGACGAAUCCCCCGGACCACAAGAACCAAGCAACAACACCCCAAGUAACCCCUUCCUCAACAUCCCCCUCCUCAUCCGCACCGCCCUCGCAACCCAGUCCGAUGCCAUCCACCCAGGCUACGGCUACCUCAGCGAGAACGCAGCCUUCGCGACCGCCGUGCGCGACGCCGGCCUCAUCUUCCUCGGCCCAAGCACCACCGCUCUCACCUCGCUCGGGGACAAACGCGCCGCCAAGAGCUACCUUCGCACGCACGCACCCUCGGUCCCCCUAAUCCCCGGCUUCGUCGGCACGAGCCAGACCCCGGCUGACCUGAUCAGCGCCGCCACGGAGAUUGGAUUCCCCGUGAUCGUGAAAGCCUCGGCCGGCGGCGGAGGAAAGGGGAUGCGGAUUGUCCAGGAGCCCUCCCAGUUCGAAUCGGAGUUGAGGAGAGCGCAAUCCGAAGCGGAGCGGGCAUUCGGGCAAAGUGACUGUAUUCUCGAGAAAUACAUCGCGGCCGCCAAGCAUGUGGAGAUCCAGAUCUUUGGAGACCAGGAUGGGACGGUCAUUGCGUUUGGAGAGCGCGAUUGUUCGGUGCAGAGACGGCAUCAGAAGGUCGUGGAGGAGACGCCGUGUGGGUUUCUGACGGAUGAGAUGCGGCGGGAGAUGUGUGAUACCGCGGUCAGGAUCGGGACGCUGAUCGAGUAUGCCGGGGCGGGAACGGUCGAGUUUGUGGUGGAUGUGCAGACGCGCCGGUUUUACUUUCUCGAGGUAAAUGCUCGGUUGCAGGUGGAGCAUCCGAUCACGGAGGAGGUGAUGGGGUGGGAUUUGGUGGCGUUGCAGGUAUAUGUCGCGGCCGGGGGCAAGUUAAAGGAUUUGCCGGGGUUGGAGGGAGGCAAACUGACCACUCCAGCGCAAGGCCAUGCGAUUGAGUGUCGUCUUUGUGCCGAAGACCCGAAGAACAACUUCUUUCCGGAGCAUGGGAGGAUUCAGCUGUGGCGGCCGGCGGACGGGGUUUUGGGCCCGGGACGGGAUGUGCGCUAUGAGACGGCGAUCCAGACCGGGGCCGAGGUUUCCAUUUACUUCGAUUCGAUGAUCGCUAAGAUCGUUGUCUGGGCGCCGACGCGCGCGCUGGCGAUUGAGAAGAUGAGUCGCGUGCUGGCCCAGACGGGCUGUGUUGGGGUCAAGACGAAUCAGCUCUUCCUGCAGCGCUGUCUGCUGAGUCCCGAGUUCCGGAAGCCGACGUAUACGACUGCAUUUAUUGCAGCGAAUUUGGAGCAGUUGCUGCAGUUUCCCGAGGUGCCGCUGCAGGAGUGUCUCCCCUUUAUCCCUAGCCUGGUGAUUCGAAGUUUGGCCGCGUCGGCAAAUACUCGUGCGCGGCCAUUCCAGCACAUCCGCAGGCAGUUCCGCAAUCAGCACUGCGAUCCAGUCAACAUCCACUGUGACGUGAUCACGACCAUCACCGGUCCUCAGGCCGAGACCUCGAGCAUCUGUGUCUGGGAUCCACCGGCAGCAGGGCAGUCCCCCAGCCUGCAACAUGCGCGACUCGUCCCUACGCCAGCCCAGAAGGGAUCCAGCUCCGCCACAGCCCAAUACAAUACCCUCAGCAACACUCUCCGUAACGGAUCCACCAAAGCUGUCCCAUCGAAAGCCAUUUCGGUAGACUCCUGGCGACCCAUCGAGAACUCUUCAGACCCAUCAAGUCCAUCCACCACCUUCACCAUCGAAGUAUCCAUUGAUGGGCGCAGAAUUGUUGCCCACGUCGCUGUUCCUUCCCCUGGAACAGCCACCGGAAUGGUCGACCGUUCUCAAAGAAUCUACUGCCACUUCCCAUCACUUGGGACAUACAUGGAAUUUCAGCGGGACAGCCUGCUCUCGUUUGCGGAGAGUCAAAGGAGGGAUGCAACAGCCGAAGAGGCGGGGAAGCGUACGGUCACUGCGCCGAUGCCGUAUCCAGUGAAGGCGGGGCAGGUAGUCAUGGUGAUUGAGAGUAUGAAGAUGGAGUUGAGCAUCUCCGUGGCGGUGGACGGGGCUUUCCAGACGGAGUGGCGGAAGGGAGAUGCGGUGGAGGAGGGAAAGGUCCUUUGUUCGGUUGUAUAA